UUUUAGCUUCACCUACAUACCGAUAUGUUACGUACACGCGGCGCAAUGGUAACGCGUUCCUUAUCUGGAGAGGCACAGAAGGACACUCACUUGAAGGCAAGUACUAACGGCCUAUUCUGUAACUUGGUGUCAGACUCUGAAGGAGCUGGUGAUUCUUCUAAUGCAGGAUUUCGAGGCCGUAUCUAUCCCCUCUUUCUCAAAUAUUCAUGCGAAUUAGGAUAUUACAUCCACACAGUGUGGACUGCUACGUUUUCCAUCUCCCAGACGGUGAAGGAGGAAUGGGCUUGCUCUUUUUGUAAGGGGGGAAUGCAGUCAGCUGCCUCUUCCCACCCACAUCAGCACAGUCCAUAGUUGCAGUACUAAAAGCUUGUGUUCAUUCCCCCAUAAGCCUCCUCCUCCUCCUCUUCGUCUUCUUCUUCUUCUACAUCAGCCUCAGUGUCAGCAGCAACACAGGGAGAAGUAUCUGCUGCCAGUAAGGAGCCCAGACAACACGGCGGACAGGAGAACGUUACCAUCUGACACUCUCAUUACAGUCGCUCUCAUUUGUCGGAGCUAUUAACUGCUCCUAAUACUCAAAAAAUUGGCCCCGUUUUAUGCCAAAAAAAGUUCACGGCUAGGAAUCCCCCCCUCUCCUCCCCCCCCCCCCCUUGCUCUUCACAUCUAUGGAUGCUACCGUCAAUAUCGGACUCUCCCUAUCGGAGCUGUUGAUAUAAUUACAACGUCUGUGCCAAAUAGAUCACAGUCGUUUCCAACCGGGGCAACAAGCCAUUGCGGGGGAUUCCACUUUUACGCUAUGUUUAUGAGGUAACAUUUCCCUGUUUGGAAAAACCGGAGAGAGAGAGAAAGAGAGAGAGAGAGAGAAGGAAGCCCGUCGUCUCGCAUCUUGUAUUCUACUGCUGCCAAAUAAUGAGCCUGGGCUUAACCUGACAAUGCUUCCAGACCGGAGCUGGCUGUCUUUCCCCCCCUUAGCCUGUAACCAUGCAGAUCUCCGAGGAAAAAUCAUUCAUGACGGGUUUAGGAUCUAGACAAUAGGAGCUCUUCUUCUUCUUCUUUUUUUUUUUUUUUCUUUUUUCUACGAAAGGCAUUUUUUUUUUUUUAUCCUUCUUCGUCUGGGGUCAUUUCUGGAGUAUUUUUUACAUUAAAAUAAAUCAGGAGGAAUGAACCGGCGGUUGGUGAACAUUGUGACAGCAUUCCUUGCAUUAUUCUUUGAGAUCAAUAACUUCAGGUCAGCUUAUUGUAAAGAACAUGACUCCAAGUCUGGAAAAUCUCCACCCCAGAGCAUGUCCCCUUCUGAUUUUCUGGACAAACUCAUGGGAAGAACAUCUGGAUAUGAUGCAAGAAUUAGACCAAAUUUUAAAGGUCCUCCUGUAAAUGUUACCUGCAACAUAUUUAUCAACAGCUUUGGUUCAAUAGCAGAAACCACAAUGGACUACCGAGUGAAUAUAUUUUUGAGACAGCAAUGGAACGACCCAAGACUCUCCUAUAGUGAAUACCCCGAUGAUUCUUUGGACUUGGAUCCCUCCAUGUUGGAUUCUAUUUGGAAGCCUGAUUUGUUUUUUGCUAAUGAAAAGGGGGCAAACUUCCAUGAUGUCACAACGGACAACAAGCUACUGAGGAUUUUUAAAAAUGGAAACGUAUUAUACAGUAUAAGAUUAACAUUAAUAUUGUCUUGUCCUAUGGAUCUGAAGAAUUUUCCAAUGGAUGUACAAACAUGUGCAAUGCAGUUGGAAAGCUUUGGAUACACAAUGAAUGACCUUAUAUUUGAAUGGCUGAGUAAUAGCCCAGUGCAAGUUGCUGAUGGUUUAACGUUGCCGCAGUUCAUACUAAAAGAGGAAAAUGAACUUGGAUACUGCACAAAACACUACAACACAGGAAAGUUUACGUGCAUUGAAGUUAAGUUUCACCUGGAGCGUCAGAUGGGAUAUUACUUGAUACAGAUGUACAUCCCCAGCUUACUCAUUGUCAUCCUGUCCUGGGUGUCAUUCUGGAUUAAUAUGGAUGCUGCUCCAGCCAGAGUUGCUUUGGGAAUUACAACCGUCCUAACAAUGACAACUCAGAGCUCGGGGUCAAGAGCUUCCCUUCCAAAGGUAUCGUAUGUGAAAGCCAUUGACAUCUGGAUGGCGGUCUGCCUGCUGUUUGUGUUUGCUGCUUUACUAGAAUAUGCAGCUGUGAAUUUUGUAUCAAGGCAACACAAGGAGUUUCUGAGACUACGCAGGAGGCAGAAAAGACAAAGCAAGACUGCCCUUGUGGGGAAUGAAAGCGUGGAGUCGGUACGGCGCAUGAAUGGAUUGCGGAGUACAGAUUCCUCAGCAUACGGAACUAUGAAUCAAAUCUGCAACCCAAGCUUAAGGGAAGAUGAUGUGACCCGGGAGAGUCGCUUUAACUUUAGUGGAUAUGGGAUGGGGCACUGCCUACAAAUGAAAGAUGGCACCACCGUGAAAACCGCUCCACCAGUCCUCCCUCCUCCUCCUCAGCCAAGGGAUGCAGAGUCCAUCAAAAAGAAGUUUGUUGAUCGAGCAAAACGGAUUGAUACCAUAUCCCGGGCUGCCUUCCCACUGGCCUUCCUCAUUUUUAACAUCUUUUACUGGAUUACAUAUAAAAUAAUACGGCACGAGGAUGUACACAAGAAAUAAAGCCACUUAUUUAUUCUAGGGAACUCAAUGCCAAAGUGUGCUUGUAAAUAUGUAGUGGAAGAUCCCCUAGACAUUCAGACUGGUUUUAUAUCCACCUACUGUACUCCUCCUUCAAGACAGAAAGCAGGAACAAAGACUUUGGGGAGCAAAGAAGAUGAAUAUUAACCCUGAAAGAGCAUAAUAAUUCUCUUUCUAGUGUUUAACGUUGUCUUCGGUUUACCUUUUCCCAGCAUUUGUAAUAAAUCAUUUUUGGCUUAUUUAGUCACCCAGUACGUCCAGUAGAACUGGGCUGCAAGACGUAGCAACCAUAUAGAUAGCUGCAUCAAUGUACUGAAAUUCACAGGAACUACAUUAGUCACACCUUAGAUGUGAAUUUAAAGGGGUACUCCGCCCCUAGACAUCUUAUCCCCUAUCCAAAGGUUAGGGGAUAAGAUGUCAGAUCACCGGGGUCCCGCCACUGGGGACCCCCGCAAUAUAGCAAGCAGCACCCACCUGUAACUGCUUCCAGAAGCGCUGGAGGUUCUCUGGCUAAUUCCUUCCUCCCACGUCACACGGGGGUGGAGUCGUGACAUCACGAUCUUCCGUCCCCGUGGUCGGGAGGAAUUAGCCAGAGAACCUCCAGGGCUUCCGGACAGUUUUUUUAAUGUGACAGGUUCCCUAUAAAAUAGCUGUCCAGCAUUUGUAAAAGGGACCUACUAUUUUUUAGAAACAGUGCCACUAUUUUCAAUGGGUUGUUUCUGGUGUUGCAGUUCAGUUCUAUCAUCUUUCAGAGGAAUGAGCUGCAGUAUGAGACACAGCCCCUCGACUUUCUGUUUCAAGAAUGAAAAACCAAAUCUUUUUUCCUAAUCCUUGAAACCCCUUUAAAUCUGCCCUGUGGUUAAAAUUGUUUUCUGGGAUUUUUUGAAAAUGGUGUAUAGGCUGGAACCAAGAAAUAACAAGCUAAUAUGCUAAUUUAUCAGUACUCUAAAGAGUGGUCUGCUGUGGUUUUGAGUCAUGUUGAAAUAUUGUAAAGCAGCUAAAAUCAGCCCGAAUAUAGUAACUAAGGGGGAGAUUUAUCAAAAUCUGUGCAGAGGAAAAGUUGACCAUUUACCCAUAGCAACCAAUCAGAUCCCUUCUUUCAUUUUGAAAAGGCCUUUUAAAAAAAUUAAAGAAGUGAUCUGAUUGGUUGCUAUGGGCAACACUUCCUCUGCACAUGUUUUGAUUAAUCUCCCCCUAAAAGUCUACAUUCAGGACACUGAAAAGAAUGGGGCCCCUUUUUUGAAGGGAUCUUGAUGAAUAUUUGUGAAAUGUGAACCCAGCCUUAGGGGAUGAGUAAAGGAUCUUGUUCCUUAGGCUGGUUCCAGUCAGGACACAAUUUUCCCAAAGUCCUAGAAAAAAAACUUUUUACGGGUUAAAACGAUAAUUUUCAUUUCUAUGCUGAUUUUUUCAGCCCAAUGGGAAUUGUUCGCACUGGUUGCAAAAUUUCCUAACAUACAAAGCAACAACAAAAAAAAAAAUGUUACAACAUUGCUGUAAAUUGAGCUUUUUACCAUAGGAAAAUUGUUCCAUUCAUAACAAUGUAUCUUUGCAUUUCAAACCAAUCAGAUUAAAGAUGCGUUGUAUAACAAUGUUUAAUCUUUAUUCUGAUUGGUGUGGAAAAAAAUGAAAUAGUAAAAUCAGGUCUAUGUAUAUGUGUGUAUUUUCCACCAAUCAGAACUUUUGAUUGGCCUGAUGAUAACCAGAACCCGUCACCAUAAAAAUGAAGACCAAUCUACAGGCAUCAUGUUAUAGAGUAGGAUUAGCUGAGCAGAAUGAUUUAUAGUUUUAAGAGAAAAGAUUUAAUAUAACUUCUCUGGGCUGAGGAGGUCAGUGGGUGGUCCCAACUUAAUGAUCAGUCAGUGAUUAGGCCUGCCCACUGGACUCCUAAAAUCAGAUGUAGACACCAUUUCAAGCAGUACUAUAUAUUAAUGUGCUCAACUCCUCCUUCUCUAUAACUUAGUGCCUGCAGAUUAGACUGCGAUAGGUUCCCUUUAACAUUACGUCUGAUGCCAGCUUUACUUUACAUCUGUGCAAUGAUGUUGAUAAGCUUUUAAGUUCCAAUGUAGCCAGCACUGCCACAAAGAAGUUACCUAAAAUCGACUCAUUCUAAAUCUUCCAUAUGGUCACCCCAUUUAAUAACAGGUUAUACAGGUCGCCAUGUUGAUAAACUUGAUAAACAAACAGUGACUACAUGCUGUAUGAGGUGAGGACCAAAUUUUUUAAGGGAAUUGCUGCCUUUUUACAGUAUAUGAACAAAAUCUACUGAGCUACGGUACAUUCCUUCACAGUGUUGGUAUCUUGUGUUGCACCAAGCUACUCUUUUGUCUUCAUAUGAUUUCUACUUCUGUAAACCUAUUCUAUAAAAAUAUAUAUAUCUGAAAGGUUUAUACUUUGAUAUCUUGUGUGAGCUGGAAUUUCCAUAAGACAUACCACUUUAUUAUAACUAUGUGGUAAUAUUGGGAAUUUCAUCUGUGUGCUCUGUGGUUUUUCUGAACGGUCGGCACUUUAAACCAUUUUCACUGGAUAUGCCCUAAAAUUGAUUUGGAGGUCUCCAAGAUUUUUAUCUGUUUUAUGUAUUUAUGUUAUUUUUAUGUUCUCAGACACUGAGUCUCAUUUCCUUAUAUUGAACUUAGAUUACAAUGUUGCACUGAACAGCAAACAAUCAGCUAUUAGGCUUCAUAAAUCUAGUGUAAACUAGGGCACUAAUGGUCAACAAGACAAUCGUUCGCCCUCAGUCAGACUUUGGUGCCACCAUCCAGAUCUUUUACAUCUCCUUUAUACUAAUGAAAUACAGGGACAUUUAUAAAUGAAAGAACUCCAGAACAAAAACACAAUCAAAAGUGAGGCCUUUACUUCCACUGGAUCAUGCUAUCACACAUCCCAGUACUUAGAGGAGUAUGACCAUCAAGCUCAUAAUAACCGCUCCAACAAAAUAUUGAGGUACCUUUGGGGAAGGACACUGUCCAGGACUACUUCACCCAUGGCGAGGAUACAAGCUUUAUGGGGACUUUCUUAUUUAAACAACCCCUUUUUAUAUGUAGUAUUAUGGGCACCCCCCUCUACGAGCUAGAGCGGAGAAUCAUAAAUAUCAGCCACCAAACUCUAAAAACCCCAGGUCAACCUUUUAUUACUGUACUUUGCAGCCAUUUAGUUGAAUAUCCACCAUGUAAUACUACAUUUCUCCUGCAGUGACCGCUGUAAAUUAAAUCUAUCACUGGCCGCAUUCCUGCUUGCUGGUCCGGCUUCAUUCCUAAAAAAGGAUUGUCAUGGUGAGACAACCUCUUUAAAGGGGAAUCCCUAUUUAGGUUGAAUAGGGGUAAUAGUCUUAUAGUAGGGGGACAGGGCGAUCACUGAAAUCUCGGAUCUGUAGAAUGGAGGGGAAUUGCAUUCUGACAUAAAUGCAGCUCAACGCAAGUGUGUAGCUGGAACUCCAUUAAUUCUCUAUGUGGUUAAUGAACAUUGUCUAGUACGGAGCUCUGUAAUAUACAGAAACUCCUAAGCCAAUAAAUGGAGGACUGUGCUAUUCGCUCAUUUCACAGGACAUUUCAUCUCCAUUCUAUAGAUCAGGGAGGGUCCCUGUGGAUAGGGGUAACAUGCCGAGGGGGGAUUAGAUCUUUGUGAAUAGUUUAAGCUGUGGUUCCUGGGGGUUGUUUUUAUAGUACAUAUGUUCUCUAUGACUAUGAUUGUUUAUUGCACAAAGUUUUUCCAAUUUGCUGGAAGAGUCAGGUAUAUUACACUUACAUACAGUUUAAGGCCCGAUUCUUUUAUGGCUAGGCCCCAGAAUAAGCAACAAGCAUUGGAUAAUAAAUGGAAAUGUAGAUUGGGAUGAUACGACUUAAUGCACUGUUUGCAGAACGGAGCAGUGUCGGUAAACAAACACUAGUAUACAGGGUUUAUUAGAAAUACUGCCAGAAAACAUGGGCCACCAAACUAUGAUCAAUCUAGUUGUGUAUAUCUCAAAGCACCGCGUUAUUUAUGUCACUUGUUUCUGUAAUGGUGUAGCUCAGUAACCUUUCCCACUGCCAUCCGUACCGCUGCAGUGGAUAGACCUUUAGUCACAUUCGUUUACAGGCCUCCAAUUUCUAUCUUUCUCAGAAUGGCUGUCAUACGACUGAUCAACCUAAGAAUUUUAAACUUUGACUGUGGUUUUCGUAUCCAGACAUUAUAAGCCUUUGGUUUACAACUUACAAAGUUCAGGUCCUUGAUACAUAUUUUAUGUACAAAAAAAAUAAAAAAUAAAGUAUUUUUACUUAUGAAAUAUGUGCAAUUUAACAAUGAAGUGAAAAUUUUACACUGACUGUAAAUCAUUUUACCUAAAAAAGUAAAAAAAAAAUAUUUGUUCCAUUUCAAUAAAGCUCAGUGUGGUCAAAAUCU